UCCCAGAUCGAGAAUUCGCAUCCAACUCUUCUAUAUUAUUUUUUUCAAGUGACCUGUGAUCUGUGAUUUGUGAAGCGAGAAAAUGUUGCGACCUCUGUUGACCGUUGCCGUUCUGCUUUUUGGCCUUUCCUCGAUCGUUUUGGCCGGGCGUCUCAGCCAGCGCUACUUGCCCGCUCCGCAGGCCAGUAAGCUGCACUACCACGGCGUCAGCGGGCAAGGACACGCUCGUCCUGGCGCAGGACACGCCAUCGGUGGUGCUGGCUCUGGAUUCCAGCGCCAGCAGCAGCCGCAGAUCCCCAUCGUGAGGAGCGACUACCAGAGCGACGCCAAUGGCAACUACAACUUUGGUUUCGACACUGGCAAUGGCAUCCACCGCGAUGAGACCGGUGAGUUCCGUGGAGGCUGGCCCCACGGAUCCCUGGGUGUCCAGGGAUCGUACUCCUACACCGGAGACGAUGGCAAACAGUACACGGUGAACUACACGGCGGACAAGAAUGGAUUCCAUGCCGAGGGAGCCCACCUGCCCGUUUCUCCAUCGGUUCCCGCUGCCCCAGCUGGACGCAGCUCUUAUGGAGCUGGUGGCUACCGAGGAUCGUCGCACAUCGCUGCUCCUGCUCCUGCUACCCGUUAUCUGCCCCCAGGAUAUCGCCAGCGUAGACACUACUGAAGGAUAUCACCGAUGGAAAGGACAGCCAAACGAUAAGCAAUCGAAUUUUUGUACUAUAAAUUUCAA